AUGAAGAGAAAGAUAGAUUUGGUUGAAGAAGAAGAACACGAGAGUGAACAUGAAGAAAGCGAAAGUUCUGAUGAUGAAAGCGAGGAUGAAGAACCAAGAAUAAAAAAAGAACCGAGAAUAAAAGAUGUUUUGAGUCAUCUUUCCCGAGCAGUGCCGGAAAAGCGUGCUUCUGAUUUGCUUCAUAGUAUGGCUGCGUCCAAAGAUAUUCUUUUCUGGACCCCCAGCGGACAAUUACUUCGAAAUAAACGCACUAUUCCCGUCACAAACAUCGCUGAGCUAGUUGAGUAUGUGUCACUACCUCAUAACAAUGAGGUUACCAAGCCUCGUGCGCUGAAUACGUUUCUAGAUGGACUUGCAGAGUUAGGAAUCGAUAAAGGUUAAAUCAAGAACAAAAAGUUGUUAAGUGAUUAAAUAGAAAAGGAAAAAGGCUACCAAAAUGUAGAAAAUACUUCCGAUAACGAGAGUAAUAAUGAGGAGAGUUUAUCGGAUAUUGAAAAUCAGGAGGAGGAAGUGGCUUCUGAAAAUGGCGUUGAAGCGGAAGACACCCAAGAGAGCGACAACGACACUGAAAACGACAGUCAGGAAAUAGAAAGUAGUAGCCCUGAAACUUCCACCACCUUUCACUCUAAACGUCCCUGUGAACACUGCGAGAACUCUAAUGUGUACUACAAGAUUUGUCCUAUAUGCGAUCACCAGAUUCCUGAGGGGGGACAUUACAUGAAAGAGGGCUUUCUUCGAUGUCACGAUUGCGGAGCAGUUACACACAAAAACGCGAAGACGUUGGAAACCAAUUUCUAUUCCCCUUCUACAGAGGAGAAUGAAGAUUAA